UAUUUUUUAUUUAUACCAAAACCAAUAACAACCACAUAAAUAUGUUCAUGUUCAAUUAUUUCAUUUCAAACUUACGUUAUUUAAGCCCAUUAUUAUGAUCAGAAGAUGAAUUAUUUGUGGGAACGUCGAAGGUGUUUCUUUGCACAGGUUUCCAGCGAAUUAUGACUUUGGGCAUCUGUGGAUGUUGUUCGCUGAGAACAAUGGUGUGGAUGUUGAACGGUUAAAUCCCACCUCCACUCUAUGUUCAAGGCAUUCUGUCCUUGGUGAAGACUAUAGAGUAGGCACUUCACGUCGUCGCCAUUUGGUUAAUACAGCAGUGCUAUCUUUAGUAGUAUAAAAUCAGCACCAGAUGGCGAACAAGAAAUGAAUGUGGAAAUUGUUGAAGUCCAAAUUGAUGAUGUUGUGGUGGACAUAGAUGAAAAACCAUUGGCACAAGCCCAAGAGAACAUUGAGGUUGUAGAUAUGCUGCUAGCUGACGCUACAACAGUUUUUGAAUUCAUGGAUUUAUUCGACGUCCUACCACCAGAUGUUGACAAUGAAUUCAUGCUAACCCCCCUGAGUGUUCCGGGAGUACGUGUGCCUGUGAGAGACCGUCUGGCCAGUGUUCAACACCAACUUCCAGAACGGCACAACAUGGGACUAUUGGGCGCCAUCUGUGUGCACUGUCGUAGCCGUCAUUUCCUCUGUGAGAGGGUUGGAAAGACUCAUUUUUCAACGUGUUGUAUCAAUGGUCAAAUAGCCAUUACAGAAGACCGUGUGUUGGGUCAACCCCCAGAAUUAUUAAUUUGUUUAUUAAUAGAUGAUUCACAGGUAGCCAGACACUUAAGAAAAGAAAUCCGACGAUACAACAACACUUUGGCAUUUGUUAUGUUUUCUACUGACCUUAACCCAAGACGUUUGCCAGGUCGGGGACCAAAAGUGUUUACUGUUCACGGGCAGGUGUAUUGUAGGAUUUUUAAUGAUGUCAGAAAUGAAAUUAUGCAACCUAGU